UCUUUCUAGUCUCAGUUGAUAAAGACUAUAGUUGGCUGUUAGGUUGUUUGACUAAGCUUAGUUUUACGGGUUCUGGAAAGUGUGUGGAUAAGACCGACAUGGUAAAAGCGUGCACAGUGGGAUAGAAACCGGAUCUACAUGGUUACACUCCAUAACGGUUCAAGUUCAACUGCUGUUGCUACUACUUCGGUAGUUAUUACUCAACCCUACAAACCGAUUGAGCUUUUCCUAUUUGUUUUCGUCGGAUGAAUAUAAUAUAUACUUCCAACACUCAGCUGUGAAUGAAACGUGCAUGUUUCACAUUGCGAUAAGAUUGUACAAUAAUGAACACGAUCGUUCAGUUGAACGAAAUUCUCAGGACGAACGGUGUACCGCAACGUUAUCGUUAGCAUCUUCGAAAUCGAAUCAUCUCGGAAACCUUAUUGGAGUAAGAAGUGGGAAGAUCUUAGCAAGCGAGAAAAUAAAAUUCUACUAGAGGGCAAAGUACAAUUGCUGGAGUGUUUUUGUGUAUGUACGUGCUUGUGGUUUAGGAGUUGCAUAAAAUGUCGCCUACUGCCAGAACUGAGAAUCGAACUCGCGACGGCCACGUUCUGGUGUGGGAACAAGCCGGUAUCGCCGAUGGAGAAACUAAAAAUAGCCGACGUUUCGGUUCUCGGCAUUAUGUCGUGUUUAUGCUAUUCCUGGGGAUGGCCAACGCCUAUGUCAUGCGAACUAACAUGUCAGUGGCAAUCGUAGCCAUGGUGAACCAAACGGCGAUUGCUCACGAUGCCGAACUAUUCGACGAUGAGUGUCCGGAGACUGACUACGGCGAAGCGGACACGGAAGCACACCAGGACGGUGAAUUUCUCUGGAGUACGAGUAUGCAAGGGUACAUACUGUCAUCGUUUUUCUACGGAUACGUAAUUACGCAAAUUCCUUUUGGACUGCUCGCCAAGAAAUACGGUGCGAUGGGAUUCCUUGGCUGGGGAAUGUUGAUCAAUUCGGUGUUUGCCUUUCUGGUUCCGGUAGCGGCGCAACAAGGCGGUCCAGUAUGGCUGAUUGUCGUACGAUUCAUCCAAGGUUUGGGUGAGGGACCGAUCGUGCCUUGUACGCAUGCAAUGCUAGCAAAGUGGAUUCCACCGAAUGAACGCUCACGCGUUGGUUCCAUCGUUUACUCGGGUGCCCAAUUUGGAACGGUUAUUUCUAUGCCGUUAUCUGGACUACUGGCAGAUCACGGUUUUGCCGGUGGUUGGCCAUCAAUCUUCUACGUGUUCGGCAUCAUCGGAACGGUGUGGUCUAUUGCCUUUCUGAUGACCUGUCAUGAAGAUCCCAUCACACAUCCGACGAUUCGCGAAGACGAACGCAAAUACAUUCAACAGUCUGUGUGGGGCAAGGCUGGUGUACACAUUCCUCCAGUUCCUUGGAAGUCUAUUUCUCGCUCAUUACCAUUCUACGCAAUUCUGCUGGCGCAUUUAGGUCAGAAUUAUGGCUAUGAAACACUAAUGACCGAGCUACCUACAUACAUGAAGCAGGUGCUGCGAUUCUCCAUCAAAGCGAACGGAACCCUCUCCGCGCUUCCUUACCUAGCUAUGUGGUUAUUCUCCAUCGUUGUCGGCUGGGUUGCCGACUGGAUGCUUACUUCGGGCCGCUUCACACACACGGUGACGCGUAAGAUCUCGAACAGUAUCGGUCAGUACGGUCCGGCAAUUGCGCUCAUCAUCGCCUCAUAUACCGGAUGCAGCCGAGCACUGACGGUUGCUAUUCUGACGAUCGGCAUCGGGUUGAAUGGCGGUAUCUACGCCGGUUUCAAGAUCAAUCACCUCGAUAUCACUCCCCGGUAUGCGGGAAUCCUGAUGGCCUUUACCAACUGUUCCGCUAAUCUAGCUGGUCUAUUAGCGCCAAUUGCAGCCGGUAACAUCAUAGAGGGAAAGCCAACGAUCGCCCAGUGGAGGAUUGUGUUUAUGAUAGCUGCCGGUGUUUACCUGUUCACCGCAACCUUUUUCAAUAUUUUCGCGUCCGGUACGCGCCAACCGUGGGACAACCCGGACAACGAUGAACCUCAGAAACUUACUUCGGUCGAAGCAGGCCAUGCGACGCAGGAAAACGGUCACAAUCACAACAGUGCUGCGCUCGUUGCUAGUGGCAACGGAACGACGGCGACGUUUCGACCAACUGCCAGCGAGCAGAGGCAGUAGUAGGCUGUGUAGGGUAGUUUUUUUUUCUUCAAGUUAAGAUACGACACUAGGAUAACAGUAAGGACUCAAACCCGCUCUUCUUUUCUAUUCGCACGAUUCAAUGAUUUCGAUCAAGGUAAAUUUUCAAUUUUUUUUUGAAAAAUAUUUUCACGACCCCAAUCCUUACUUACUGCUUUAAGUUAAAUGUAAUUAUUUUGAUAUUCUUGUUGAAUGCCGGUGAGAAUAUCAGUGAGUGACUUUCUAGUUAAGUUUGAUUAAUUACUGAAAAUCUGUUUGUUUGCUGAAAGUGAAACAAACCUCAUAUCGGAGGAUUACACGAAAGACUUGUGAUAGGACAUUUACAGAACACGUUAUUAAAACUGCCCAAAUAUUAGCCAGGCACCUUUAUCGAAGGAAUUCGAUACAAAUCAUCCAAAGGUUGUAGUUUUUUUUUAAAUAGUAGGGCAUGAAUAUCGUUAGACAUAUCGCAGACCGUCAAUUCCACAGUGCCGUAACGAAGAACAUGCAUAGUUGUACAUGUGAUUUUCAAAGAAAAUGAAAAAAAGAAUGUAAUUCGGAUGUUACAAACUAACAAAGUAGUUUAUUCAGUUUAUAAUUAUAUAUAUAAUUCACUAUCAUACAAUUUUAUAUUGUACAUAUUUAAACGAAAGAAAACAAUAUGAAACACAAAACAAGAAGAUUGAAAGGCUUUGCCCUUUUUGAGAUAAUGAUGAUAAUAAAAGAAACGAUAUAAUCAAAUAA